AUGGCUGAUAAGACCCCACUAGUAGCAGCAUUGCAGACUGAGCCUUCAACAACCCUUAAAUCCGGGUUACCAGUAUAUACAUACAUUUAUCGUCGCUCCUACACAUGUGGCCACGCUCCUGAACUCAUCAAGGUUUCAAAAUUGGCUAAUCAGCAAGGAGUAGUACAAACGAUCUUAAGACCAGAGCAGGUCGAGAAGGAGGGUGAAGUCCUCAGGUGGUUGAAGUUUAGGUUAGGGCGGUGCUGGGCGUGUGCAAUCAGGUUGCGCGAACACCACGAAAGCAUGCAAGAGAACGGGAAGGGGGGAGGUAUGAGGCCGGUAGCUGCUUAUCAGGGAGAGGGAAUACGUCUCGAUUGGGCGUUCCUCAGGGAAGCCAGGUCAGGCUUUGAGGCGGCGCUGAAGCAACUAGACCGCGUCAGCUGUUGUGGAGGAGAAGGGCAAGAAGAAGAAUGGCCAUUGACGAGGGAGGUGGUUGGUGGCGACGACGAUUCUAUCCGGGUGGUGAAUUUUCUAGAUGGGCGCCUCAAGGUAGACUCGCCAGCGUCUUCACCUUCACCAUUUUCUCACGAUUCCAACGACCCAUGGUCUCUUCGAGGAGGCGACGACGACGCCAGUGGCGGUUACGGCAUAGCGGACUGCUCACCCUGUGCCGAAGGAAUUCAUCGUCAGCGAAAGGACAGUGCUUCCGAAGUCCGUCAGAAUGCAGAGCCGAGUUGCAGCAAAGGCGUGCAUACACUAAGGCUAGCAGAAGGAAGAAAAGAAUACCUCCAAGGCGUUUAUCUCGAGGCUCCGCGCACACCAAUAGCGUUCACUUUGGGACCACGCAGCGAUCUAGACUGCAUCAGCUUCUUGUAUCUGCUGCGCAACAACAAGCUAAGCUUCGACGACAUUGCGGAGCUCGUAUCACGAUAUUCGCUUGACAAUAGCGACCCCAUUCUGAACGAUAUUGCGCAACAAAGCCUCUCGGUUGACCACCAGUCGAACAUACGUGAUAGUACUUUGGAGUCGUCCACAGGUCAACCGGGAGUUGUCGAGUGGGAUUGUUCUUCUGAUCAGGUAGACAGCCAGGCGUCAACAUUGAGAAGUGAUAACAGUCGUUGCACAAUUGGAGACCCAAGCUGCGGAGAAGAAGACCAGAACUUGAACGACAGGGAGCCAUGUUAUCAUGAGCCAGCUCAGGCGCAGAAUGCUGAGGGACAAGGAAAGACUGGCAAAGUCGAAGGGCAAGCCGUCAGCAUGGAGAACGCUGGGGACUUGGGUCAGUCUCAUCAUGACGGCUACAGCGACGAGCCGAGUGCAGCCCAGUCAUGCUUCUCUUCCGAUUCAUCGGUUGAUUCCAUCGAAUUCUCAAAACCAGGAGUCGAUGUUACAGCCAACAGAACAAAGCCAACUGCACUAUCCUGGUGGAAGCCCAGAAAGAAGUACCACGGAAUCCAUGAAGCCACCAGGGCUGCAAGCAUUCCAGAUUUCCAAGAGUAUCCAGUAGGGCUCUGGAAAAGGAUAAGCAAAAAGACGUCAGACCGCAUGCUUAAUAAGAAUACAGAGGGUGAGACGGACCGGAAGCUGCAAGCAAAAUUGUCCAAGAUGGAAGAAUCGUCUAUGCGGGCUUCUCGCAUGAGAGAGGGUUCUGCCCACCGUGGCAGCCACUGUCCUCAGACACACAAAAAGCAGACCACUCCCCCAAUUGUCCAGUCAGAUGUCUCUACCUCGCCCCACAUGCUCAGCGCCAUGAGAACCCUCAAAAGCCCUCGCGCAAGCCAGAGUAUGACGAGCAACACCACCAAGUCCCAAAGAGGUAACCACAACAGCCCUGCUUGCAUUAGCAAAUCAAGAUGUUCCAUCAGCACCCACUUCACCAGAGGUGUCACCCCGCAUGGUAUCCACCCUGUGCACCGGCCCUACAGACCUAGUCCUUUGAAGCACUUCACUCGAGUCACACUGUUAGAUGUGAACAAAGGACUUCCGCCUCUUCCACCUGAAGCGCGGCGACUCGCACACCAGGCAUCGAAGGGGAUUGCAUCCGAAAAGCGAUAAAUGAGUAUAUAGAUGAAACGAUAGGAGUAUUGGAUGUUGACCUUGAUAGAAUCGCUCUUCGGUCAAGCUCCUCGUUCCGUGUUCUUGCUUUCUUGUGGUGAACUACGUUUUCUUGACCUCGGCGAUAUCGGAAAUCGUAGCUCGUGGCUCGGAU